AUGCUACAGACCGACGGCGAGGACGAGUUACGACUGGGCACUGGCGAUGCUGGAGACCGACGAGGACGAGGCGCGAUUGGCUAUGGUGGAGACAGACGACGUGCGAUUCUAGAGACUGGCGGAGAGGACGUGGCGCAGCCGGCGACGAAGCCCCCUGCUGGAGGCGGUCGACUGUUGGAGACGGCUGUAGAGGAGGGAUGA